UAAGAACGUAUGUACACAUAGGAGACUUCACUUAGCGACACGAACCCGUUGUGAGCACGUCUAUGUAGUACAGCUCCGUGAAACUUACCGAGGAUUUACUUAGAAACAAACAAAAUGUUCAAAAACACAUUUCAAUCGGGAUUCUUAUCAAUUCUAUAUAGUAUUGGAAGCAAACCAUUACAAAUUUGGGAUAAAAAGGUUCGGAAUGGGCACAUAAAAAGAAUAACAGAUAACGAUAUUCAGUCACUUGUUCUUGAAAUAGUCGGAACUAAUGUUAGCACAACAUACAUCACAUGCCCUGCAGACCCUAAGAAAACACUUGGUAUCAAACUUCCAUUUCUUGUGAUGAUUAUCAAGAAUUUGAAGAAAUAUUUCACAUUUGAAGUUCAAGUACUGGAUGACAAGAAUGUUCGAAGACGGUUCAGGGCUAGCAACUAUCAGAGUACGACCCGUGUGAAACCAUUUAUCUGUACAAUGCCAAUGAGACUGGAUGAUGGCUGGAAUCAGAUUCAGUUCAAUUUGUCAGACUUUACAAGGCGUGCAUAUGGUACAAAUUACAUUGAAACACUCAGAGUUCAGAUUCAUGCCAACUGCCGCAUUCGUCGUGUGUACUUUUCAGACAGACUAUACUCAGAAGAUGAAUUACCCGCUGAAUUCAAACUUUACUUGCCUGUACAGAAAAAAUAGACACAAACAUUUUUUCAAAGAAAACGGACUCAUCUUUUUAACAUGAACACUUGGUGACCAGCCAACCAGCCAAUAGUGGACCACCUGCUAUGGACUUAUUAAAUAUUUUGACUUGUUCCCAAAGUUUAUAUUAUUGAUAUUUCAUUUAUGGAAAUCAACAGUUUCCAUUUAUUGUGCUGCUGUAUGCCAGUGGAACAACUUGUUAAAUAAAUUUGUUGACAGGACAUCAUAUGCAGCCGGAUAGUUGUAGUGUAUUCAAAAUUGUAUAUUGGAAGGAAAAAGGGGAAAGGGGGUAUAUAUUCUUU